ACGGAUGACCACAUGGCUCUGCUGUUGGCCCAAGAGGGGGCGCUGUUCUCUGGAGACUGCAUCCUGGGGGAGGGCACCGCCGUCUUUGAGGACCUCCACGACUACAUGAAGUCCCUACACACACUACUGGGCACCAAGGCGGACUGCAUAUACCCAGGCCAUGGGCCGGUGGUGUUGAAUGCCGUGUCUAAGAUCCAGGAGUACAUCAAGCACAGGGAGCUGCGGGAGAAGCAGAUACUGCAGACCCUACAGGAGAACAACACACACACACACACCACCAUGGAGCUCGUCAAAAUCAUCUACAAGGACACUCCUGAGCAUCUCCAUAGAGCAGCAGCAGUGAAUCUCACUCAUCACCUGACCAAACUUCAGAAGGAAGGACAUGUCAUAGCAGUGGAGACUAGGUGGAAGAGCAGCCUCUGACGGCCACAGCAGCCCCACCCACUGACCUCUACACGUCUAUACUAUCAGCCACUGACCUCUAUACGGUCUAUACUGUCAGUCAGAACUAUACACGUCAGUGGACCCAGCUGAAUGCCACACUGCCAGAACAUACAGGAGCGGAUGACCUGCAGAGAGAAUGAAUGACUUUAUGAAUGACUUCAUGAAUGACUUUAUGAAUGAGUGCGUAUGUGUAGGGUGCUGUAUACUUGCGACAUACACACAGUAUACAGCAUACAGACUACCACAUGCCUUUCCUCUGUGGGUGUGUGUGUGUGUGUGUGUGUGUAAUAAUGUAAUAAAUGUAUUGAUGAAAACAAUUUGAAAUAAAAAUCAAUAGGUCUAAUGAUU